CAUCCGUCGCCGCUGAGACCAAAUCCCAAUUCCCAAAUCCAGUUACCCGCUGCCCUCCCGUUCCGUUCCGUCGCGUUCGGGUCCCUCACUCCCCUUCGUAAACUCAGACGGCCAGGGAGCCCCGCGCGCGGGCGCCAGAGAGAGAAAGGGCGGCAUGGGAGAAGAGACCCUCGUGGCCAUGCCGCUCGCGCCCCACCACCACCACCACCACCAGGCCUGCCUCGACGCGCUCCCCCCCCACCUCGUCCCCACGCCGCCUCCGCCGCCGCCGUCGGGUCCAUCAAUUGCUGCGGAUAAGGUGGAGGAGGAAGGGGAUCAUCAUCUUCCCACAGAGGACGUCGCCGACGGCGAGCCGCGGGCGCAAGUCCCGCGGUCGGUGACCCCGCCCGCCGUGGCGGCGGGCGCCGGCGAGGACGGGGACGUGUACUACGCGCGCAAGAUGCUUCAGGGCGUGGUGCUGCGGCCGCCGCCGCACCUGCCGCAGCCAGAGGCGCCGCCGGGGCUGGCCAGGGCGCACUCCACGCCGGCGCCGCACGACUACGCGGCACAAGACGACGAAGACAACGAGGAGCAGCAGCAGCAGCAGCAGCAGCAGAAGAGGCCUGUGGAGCGGUCGGCCUCCGCGAACUCCGCUGGUACGAUCGUGGACGACGUGGUGUCCAUCGGGCGGUUCUUCCGCGACCGCCGCGACGUGCUGUCCUCGGCCAUAACCCGCCGCAUCUCGUCGCUCAAGGAAUCCUCGUCGCCGGCCCCGGCGAAGGCGGCCGCGGCCGUCGUCGACACCUACGGCGUGCAGGAGAUCCACCUGCCCAACGUCAAGGUCACGGUGCGCCUCAAGGACGCGAUCGCCGCCGAGGACGACGACGUCGGGUACUCCUUCUCGGGCGGGCACAUCAAGGGCCGGGUCAGCUUCUUCUCCCGCUCGGGCUGCCGCGACUGCGCCGCCGUGCGCGCCUUCUUCCGGCAGUCCGGCCUGCCCUACGUGGAGAUCAACCUGGACGUGUUCCCGGAGCGCGAGGCCGAGCUGGCCUCCCGCGCGGGCGCCGCGGCGCGCGUGCCCCAGAUCUUCCUCAACGAGAAGCUCCUGGGCGGCCUCGUGGUGCUCAACUCCCUGCGCAACAGCGGCGAGUUCGAGCGCCGCGUGCGCGACCUCGCGGGACGCCGGUGCCCCGACUCGGCGCCGCGGGUGCCCGUGUACGGGUUCGACGACGAGGCCGGCGCCGGCAAGGGGGAAGAGGCCGCCGAGGACGCCAUGGUGGGCAUCGUGAGGGUGCUCCGGCACCGGCUGCCGAUCCAGGACAGGUUCGUCAGGGUGAAGCUCGUCAAGAAUUGCUUCUCCGGAACAGACAUGGUGGACGGCAUCGUGAACCACCUGGACUGCAGCAGGAAGAAGGCUGUGGAGAUCGGCAAGGAGCUCGCAAGAAAGCACUUCAUCCACCAUGUCUUCAGGGAGAACGACUUCGAAGACGGGGCCCAGAACCUGUACCGCUUCUUGGAGCACGACCCCGCUGUCCCCAAGUACUACAACUUCCGGGGCUCCACCAACGACGGCGAGCCCAAGCCUGCCGCGGCCGUCGGUCAGAGGAUGACCAGGAUCAUGCUCGCCAUCCUGGAGGCCUACGCCUCCGACGACCGCCGCCACCUCGACUACAGCCGCAUCGCUGCCAGCGAGGAGUUCAGAAGGUACGCGAACCUGGUUCAGGAACUGCAGCGGGCGGACAUGACCCAGCUCCCCGCGGAGGAGCGGCUGCCGUUCUUCCUGAACCUGCACAACGCCAUGGCCAUCCACGCCGUGAUCCGAGUCGGCCAGCCGGGCGCCGUCGAUCGCCGGCCCUUCUUCUCUGACUUCCAGUACGUCGUGGGAGGGCACCCCUACUCCCUCGCCGCGAUCAGGAACGGUAUCCUCAGGGCUAACCGGCGGCAGCCCUACACGCUGGCCAAGCCGUUCGGCUCCAAUGACAGGAGGCUCGAGCUGGCACAGCGGCGCGCAAACCCACUGGUGCAUUUCGCGCUGUGCGACGCGACGCGGUCGAGCCCGAUCGUGCGGUUCUACACGACGCAGGGCGUGGAGCCGGAGCUCCGGCACGCGGCGAGGGAGUUCUUUCUCCGCGGUGGCGUGGAGAUCGACUUGGAGAGCCGGACCGUGCAUCUCACCAGGAUCAUCAAAUGGUACAGCGCGGAUUUUGGGCAGGACAGGGACAUCCUCCGGUGGCUCCUCAACUACCUUGACCCGACCAAAGCCGGGCUUCUGACGCAUCUCCUGAACGAUGGCGGCCCGAUCAACAUCUCCUACAUGAACUACGACUGGUCUCUGAACGUCUGACCAGAAUUCCUCCGGGACGGGUACAGUGGUGUAACUUGGGGGUAGGGCCACGGUACAUUCAGAGGUGCAGUCAGUUCGAUCAGCUGUUAGUUAAUGGCCAAUUGGACGGAUCAUAGAGCGCGCGGACGCUCACAUAUAUAUGCAAUUAGCAUACUGAGCUUGUUCAGUAGAGAGAAGUCUUAAGAUGUAUAUAUAUAGAAUUGUGAAUGUUGAUUUUGUACUCUGAAGAGUGCAUCACUAUGGGAGAAAUUUCUCUCCAGCUGAAGGCAUGUCGUUCAGGGCAAAUUUUCUGUAUUUGAGUUGUGAAUGUUGAUUUUGCUUCGAUAGUGAAGAAAUAGUAGAUUUAUAUAUCAUUUAUAUAUUCUGGGGAAAUGGACUGUUCUAGUCGGCGUGAAGUUUCC